AUGAUGAUAAAGAUGAAAGGAGAAUAUGUAGAAGACAAAGAUCGCCCAAACAACAUGUUUGCGAAGCUCCAUCAAACCCAAAAAUAUCCACAACACCACCAACUAACUCUCCACCACCACCAAACUCACCACUUCCAAGUCACCCGUGAAAGCCAAACCUCCGAAGAAGCCAACAGCCGCAGCCGCAGCCCCUCCGCCACCACUGCCAACAAAGGAGCAAUCAUACCCAUAACCACCACCAGUGACGGAGCCAGCAUCGAGGUGGUUCGCCGCCCCCGAGGUCGCCCACCUGGUUCCAGAAACAAACCAAAGCCACCCCAAAUCAUCACUCGCGACUCAGAGCCCUCCAUGAACCCAUAUGUCCUCGAACUGCCGGGUGGAGUUGACAUUGUCCAUUCAAUUAACCUCUAUUGUAGAAAACGCAACAUGGGUCUGUGCAUUCUCACUGCCUCCGGCACCGUCGCAAAUGUUUCGUUGCGUCAACCGUCGGCGACCCCAGGAUCCACCGUUACAUUUCAUGGCCGAUUCGAUAUACUCUCGUUAUCGGCGACUGUAUUAUCAACACCGACAACAUCCGUGAUUCCGGCGGCUAUAUCCAAUGGAUUUACUAUAUCUCUGUCUGGUCCGCAGGGUCAGGUGGUCGGAGGGACCGUUGUGGGAUCACUUUUGACGGCCGGAACUGUGCAUGUAAUUGCGACCUCGUUUAAUAAUCCAUCUUAUCAUAGGUUGUCGGUGGAGGAGGAUGUAACGAAUACUGGGUCUGCUGGGAAUGAGGGACACCACUCGCCGCCGGCUAUUUCAGGCGGUGGAGAUGUUAGGCAUCAGCCGGAGUCUUGUGGGAUGGCUAUUUAUAGCAGCCACUUGCCUUCUGAUGUGAUUUGGGCACCCACCGCUAGACAACCACCACCUCCACCACCCUAUUGA